AUGAACUCUUCUGGACCUCAUUCUACCAGAAAAGAACCUAAACCCCAGACGAGAUCAGUCGAGACGGAGACUGUGCCCCAGACAAGCGUGGAAGCCACUCUGCAGUCAGAUGUCAAACUGGAACAACUGGUCUUGUUACCAAGGUAACAGCUACUGCAGGACCGUAUGUAUAUGGAAAGCGAAAUACUUGAAUACUAUUUUCUUUUAACACGUUCAAAGCAAAGUACCUCAUGAAAAAAGUUGUCUGCGGAUAUGUCAGUUGCUGUGGUAUUUCAUGAUAAAGGAAUGAAGUCAAAAGUUCCAAAAACUCUCACUUUCAAAACAAAGCUAAGGGCGCUCAGUCCAUUUGUCAGAACUGGCCGGCCGCACCAUUGCCGGACCAGUCAGUUUGAAAAUGAAAUGGCCUUUUCAAGAAUUUUUGUGGAAAAACCAUCUUUUUCGUGCACACUAUUCAGGAUUUGACUGAUCUGGCUGGAUAGUUUUGAUUAAAAGUGAAAUCCUUGUUACGACGGGAAAGUGCUGGCCGCUCAGUUUUGACAAAUGGAAACACCCUAAGGGUUUUAUUUCAGUGCAUGGGAAUAAAAUCUCAUUUUCAUAUCAGUGACUUCACACAUAGCCUCGCUUUGAAACAGAGGCUUGGGCAACUCGAAAAUGGCCUUUUACAGGUCUUACACACUCUCAAACUAUACCUUAAGCAUCAUUUUUUUAAGUAGAUUGUCUCUAUGAUGUACUGCUUUAUAAAAUUCAGCAUUUAUUGCUAACAAUACAUUUUUCAAUUGCUCCAAUGUGGACUAAUUCUGAAUUCAACUUUGACUGCUUGCAGUCCGCCUUUUCCCUUACAAUCCUUCCAGUUCUUAUCCCAGUCAGGGCAAUUGCAAACGACGUUGCACCCUCACGUGCAUGGGUUACGAGUAUAGUUAAUUUGCAAUGAACACACAGACUACACAAGAUCUUUUAAAGACUGCGAUAUAAGUUUAAACACUUUUUUUUUUUCCAAAAAACAUAUUUUUUACGUGUUGUCUCCUUCGUUGGCCUUCAAGAAAUAAUGAAUUUUUGUUCUUUUUUGUAACAUCAUUUAUUUACAAAUCGGAGAAUAAAAGAAUUAGACUAUGCGCAGUCUCUCUUUUUUCUUGGUCCGUGACUGCUCGCAGUCUAUAAAAGAAUAAAAAUAAGUGACAUUCGAAAGAAAAGAAACCCAAUAGGUUAACUAAAUAAGUGAAAUACAAAAGGCAGGGGCUGGACUUACAAGCACGUGGCCUGCUGGGACCCACACCCCUGAAAUAUAAUUUUCUUUUUUUUAGACGCGAAGCGACCCAAGCUAAGAAAGAGGCUGAAAGUCAAGGAGAUGUGGUACAAGCAUUAAGAAGGGAUCUGGCGGGUGCUGCAGCACGCAUGUCUGACAUGGCCGGCGAGUUAAGCGAUAAACAGAAACAGAAACUGGAACAAUACGAGGAGAGGAAACUAGAGCAAGACACUGAGCUGGAAGAACAAAGAAAACAGCUCGUGCAGCUGUCUGCAUUGGUGGAUGAACAGCAAAAGGAGAUUAACUCCAGGGAAGACAAACUUAGUGAACAACAAAAGGUAUGUGACGUUUGUAAGAUAUGUAACUCUAUUGCUAAGAGACUUCAUUGGUGGUGAUGUAAGACCAUGAAUAACCCACAUAUUAUUAUGUUUAAAAUAUCUUGUGUGCUGUCCAGAUCAGGAUAAUAUGAUUCAAGAUCACUCGGGUUGCCAACCGCCGCUUAAUUAGCUCGGUUGGCUUAACGACGGUCUGCCGAGCGGGACGUGGCGGGUUCAAACCCCGGCCGGACCGACACUUGUGGUGGUCGUCAAAUAACUGAAGAGAAAGUGCUGCCUUUGUUAUGUCAUUUGCAAAAGGAUAAGGAGAAAAAACCGUUUGCUGUGUAUGGCAGCAGCCUUUGUUCACAUGAAAACUGUGGGACGUUUUUUUAUUGUUCAUCACAUUUACCGUACUACAGGAAAAAACGUUUAAACUGAAUUAAUCGUUGAAUUACUACAGUGCAAAAGAAAUAAAGCAGUACAACAACGUAAUUUAAUUAAUAUAAAGUUAACUUAAAUUUUGUUUUUUUUGUCAUGAAAACUGUGGGACGUUAAAGAACCCACACAUAAAAGUGCAUUAGAAUCUGAAAAGUAAACUUGUUGUGAGGAGCAAAACGAAAGGUAACAGUAAAAUAAAAAGCGGGCAAAUCCCGUAACAGCCGCGUAGAUAACGUUGUCUCUCCCCAGUCUUUGCCCGUCCUUUUUUCACCGUAGUUUUUCUAUUCGAUCGUUGCAACUCAACUGAGAGCCUGAGACUGGUGUUUAUAACUGUUCCUAGGCGUUAGUAAGGCAAAAGCGGGACACGGUCAAGAAGGGAACUGAACUGGUUGAAUACAAAGAACAACUGGCCACAAAAAUUGACGAGCAGGAGGAGAAGAUCAAGAUGAUUGAGAAAGAGGUGACAAUAUUCAGUAUUCAAUACGUGUUACAUCGUGAUAAUUAUAUUUUCGUUUCACUAAUAUGAUUACAGUUAACGUAAAAUCAAGCUUUCAGUACUUGAGGUUUUAGCAUUGAUUAAACAUUGCACCUUUUAUUCCAGGUAGUCCGUACAUUCUUGUUUAGUUACUUUUAUAAAAAUGUCUGGCUUAGUGCUUUGUGCCUGCGACCUUUCAUGCAAAGGUCACAGAAGCUUUGAUUAAAUUCGCUUCACCAAUAAAUCACGUGAAAACUUCUAAAUAUCUCCGAUGUUAUUAGAAAUACAGUUUUUUCAAAUCUACAUUUAUCCAUUUAAUUCUUUCUUUUCCAUGUCAGUCUACUUCGGACUUCGAGUUCCUGUCUGUUGGAAUUUCUGUCUAGCUUGUCACGCAACGUGAAGCUCCAAUUUUGUCACGCACCUUAGUUAAUUCACCAUCAGUUCAAUUGCGCUAAAGUCAAGUUUAAUCUUUUUUACCAGUUAUUUGGUUUUCUCUACAGAAUCUCAUGACGGGUGAAUUACACGCUCUUGGACUGCGAUGUCGAGGAGAGAGACAUGAGCUAGUGAUAGCGAGGCAAAAAGAGGCUCUGGCAGAACUCAGAGGCCGAACAAAAACACUGGAGCAAUUUAAACCACCACGUAAGUCUUGAAAGUAAAUCUGUCUUACAUGAUAGACUGACGUCUUUGAUCGCAAGGCCUAAAUAAGAGCUUUGACGAAAUCCACAUGGAUAAAAAAUAUACAUAGCUUUUUAUAAAACUUGAGCGCAAUCGCAUUACAUUCAUUCUCCAGUCUGUUUCAAGUGACAAAAGAGCAGAAGAUUUGGAGUGAAAAUUAUGCGAAAGGCGUCUCCUAUUUUCUUUUGUUGUCACGUGAAAUGGGAGAUGUCUGCACGCAAACUAUGUCUCCACUUUUCGGGAAAAAACUCUUGGGUAAUACGCUUGGUUGCGUACAAACCUUGUCAGUAGCCUGAUCAAGGCCACCGCCCUCUUUCCCAGAUCGCGCGCCGUCUUAUUUUCGCUUGGCUUGUGUUUACUUGGCGAGGUCCCUACAUACUGAGAACCUGGCACAGUCUUCCUUGACGGUGGUUGAAGCAUGAAUGUCGCGAAAAAAUUUUAAAAAAAGAAGUGAUACGCAGCUGGGGCUAACCAGGCAAUGAUCUCCACCUUAAGUCCCUUUUACACAGGCAAUUUAAAAUCGGGCCUAAACUUGAAACUUUUAUCUUGCCUUCAGCCUGCGUUUCAAGCGUUUUCUACAGCUAUGUUCGAUUUCACAAAAAAGUUGGAGGAGUUCCUAUCUCUACUCUCCCCAAUUUUCCUCUGUCAUGAAAUUAAUGAUGGCAGCCGCAGCAAUACGAUCAUAAACAAGCAGCCUUUGCCCACUCUAAAAAUUCGUCUGCAUCGCAAUUUAGACAACGGUUGGCUUUAUAUACUAAUAGGUCAUUUCUGUGUUCCACAGAUGAAACCUCACUUUUAAAAUGCGGCCAAAUUGCAAAACCUUUUUCGUGAAAAUGGGUUUCAUUUGCAUUAAAAGUUAUUUUCAUAUUAAAACCUUCGCACUAACGUUCGUUUGCAAAGAUAGGUAACUUGGAAAUGGUCUACCGUGUGGCACGAAAUUUGCGGGUUCUAAUUUUUGCGAUUUUUGCGGGUUUUUUUUUUUCAGCGUUCCACCAAAAACAAAAAUUACCGCAAAAAUUUACUCCAGAGUAAAUAUUCUCUAACUUAAAUUGGCUACACAAAAAUACAGUACUUAGAAAUCGUGUCUGUUCAAUUACAACUUAUCUCUUUCGUUCAGAAACAAAGCGGUUUACAAUGAAAUACUGACGUGCACUGUAGUAUUGUUUGAAAAUAUGCAUUUCUAUUGCACGUACUCAAUAAAAACGAAAAUAUUUUCAAUGCUGGGUAUUGGGUACUUUCUGAAAAUCGCAAAAAUUACUUCCCAGCAUGAAAAACCAAUUUGUCCUAAUGGCAAAAAUUAGUUCCCGCAAAACGCAAAAAUCGCCAAUCCGCAAAAAUAAACUCCCGCAAAAACUUCGUGCCACACGGUAUCUAUUUCUGGCCCGUAAGCUAGGCUUCGCCCGGGACUCGUUACGUGUAAUACACGUAUUUCUAGUUGAUAAGAUGGGGUUUUUUUUGUUAUGGUAGCUCCAAAUCAUGAACAAGCUUUACAGCAGAUUGUGGCUCUCAAAAAGGAAGUCAGUGAACUAAGGGCGAAGCUGGCCUCCCAAGAAGAGGACUACCACAAAAGCGAAAGCGAAAUGCAUGCUGAGGUAACAGACGUAACAGUGUGAUGCUCUUCUAAUUCAUGGAGUUCUGCGCUUGCGUUUCUUCUUGACUUCAUAUUAAAAAGCGACGUCCUUUUGGCGCGUCACGUGUUGUGUCAGGAAGGAUUGCGUGACAAAGGGUCCCGUGGUCAUAGCGGACUACGCGUCGUCCCUGGUUAUUUUCUUAGGGAAUAGUAAAGGAAGCCAAUUACUCAAGCGCGCGAAAAUCACGACCCGGGUGUCGCCUUCUGCGCGGGUGGCGAUUUUCACACGCGCUCGCGUUAUUCGCUUGCUGUACUAUUCCUGAGUACAUUUGAAUAUCAGUGUGGCAGGCGAAGGGGUAGGAAAAGGGAGGUUUCCCCCCCCCCCCUCCCCCUCUCCCUCCCCUUCUUGUGCCUGUCACGCAGGCUGUCACUGAGAAGAAUGAUGGGCUACUCGUAGUCCACCCUAGUCAGGUCGUUUGUAGAGUGAGUCCUUGCUGUUAUUUGCCCUCUAUACUUUCACAAGACUUUGUUGUAUGACAAAAAUAAUCAUUUUUGCUCACUUGAAAGAGUUCAAGUAUGAUCUACCAAACUGAAGAGGCUGAAAAUAGGCUUAAAACUGUUUAAGAGUGUGUCAUAGAUCCUUCUUCCCCAUUUUAUUUCAAUAAUUUAAUAUUCUGCGAAUGAACGUUUACAUGUUGAAAUGCUAUAGCGUGCUCUCCAUGCCGUGAUAGUCUUUAGUGAAAUGCCUUAUAUUUCUUUCCUUGUAACAGCUUAGAGCUCGUCGUGAGCAGGCUUCUGCCAGUCUCGCUGAAACCGAUUUGGAAAAAGGCGCUCACCAGCAAACAAAGGAAGCAUUAGAUCUCAGUGAAAAGACGGUGAGUUGAUUUUAAUAUAAACACGAAAAAAUUAGUGAGGAGUAUAAGAGCUUGAGCAAAAGCGUUUUUGAGCGACCGAAAUUAAUGGCUUGACGCUAAUAAAUGUACGCUCCGGUCAUCAUUCGCCGCUCAAAAACGCCUUGGCAUGAGCGCCUUAUUGGCAGCUUUUUGCAGAAGUAAAUACAAAGACGGGGUAAUCUGUCAAGAGUGCCUUACUGCAAAUAGUUCAUAUGCUAUGUUAUAAUGUAAAGGUGAAAUAUGGUCUUUCAUGAAAACUGAUUCAACUUUCAGUGUCAGUUGAUAGAAGAUAGUGUUGGUUCAUCUUUUUUUCCAGAGUAAACGAAACUAAAAGAUACCUUUUUCCUUCCAUGAAAAGGAAGAACGAAAAAGGAAAUGAAUCGUCAAGAUUACUACUGUCCUUCACGCACGUUUUUGUGCGCACGCCAGUAGUACCCUCUACCGUUCCCUUUCGAACGCCUGGCACGGUACCAAACGCUGUUCGGAAAAUUAGCCCGCGCUCCUCUGGGAGGACUGAGAGAGCAGCAGAAAUCGAGUCCAUUACUUCGGAGGCUGCUGCAAGACUAUUCUUGCGUCGUUUUAUUUGAGCACGGCACUCCUCUGGCCUUCAAACACGCAAAGAAACAAGUUAUUUCAGUUGCGUAAGUCGUUAUUUUUCCUGGCGUUUUUUAACUGUAACUGCUUUUUCUUGUUGCAGUAUCUCAAGUUGGCUCUAACACUCGGUGCACUGCUUGAAAUAGACUCGUUACCAGGUUGUCGCUCAAUAGCGCACCUCCCAGUAGAGGAAAGUGAGAGACUGGAACUAGACAGGACCAAGGUAAUUUGAGUUUCAAUUCCUGCUUAAAAAUACGACCUGUGUAUGCUGUUACAUGUACAUGUGUCUUUGUUUUACAACGGUAGAAUAAAAGUACUGAAGAUACCACUGUUCCAAGCGUGUGAUAAAAACCAAUUGACGUAACAUGCCCCGAACCUCUGCGAUAUAUUUUGGGAGAUCAUUUCAGUUCCACUAGGCCAACAGAAAAGAGAUAUUGAAGUUGAAUUUCUUAGAUGAAAGUUAUUUUCCUUAACCCAUUCGCAGAAGAACAAACACACAAGUCAACAUAUUGUAAUUAGGUGAUUCAUUGUUUUUCUUCGUCUAUUUCCUGAGUGACGGGAUAGUUAAUUGUUUUGCUUUAGUUUUGUUUCAUGUCUGAGCUCCCUUCUUUUGUACCCAUUCUUUUGAGUGAUUUCUAUGAAGUUUUAAUUUUUCCUUUAAUUUAUUUCUCUUUGAAUAUCAGGCUGUGGAGCUGAUGGUCACUAAAGUUCAACAGAUGAACGAUCGAAUGGAAAGAAAAGUCCAGCUUCUGGGUUCUUAUGAAGAUGGCUUGAUGCAUCUAAGGUAAAGAGACAAGAAACAAAAUAAGUAAAUAAAUAAAUAAAUGCACUUUAUUUGAGUGUCAAUGUAUUUAGAACGAAAGUACCAACUGGGGACACUAUUUUUACGUCUCCUACUGGAGACUGGACCGCCACUUUACUUUGUCAUCCGAGCCACCCGACGGUGUAGCCGCUCGCACUGCAAAGGGAGUCCCUUCAUUUCUUAGUCAAUUUAAGACCCUGAGUGUUCGUCCGGUCUCAGGNUGCGAUAUAUUUUGGGAGAUCAUUUCAGUUCCACUAGGCCAACAGAAAAGAGAUAUUGAAGUUGAAUUUCUUAGAUGAAAGUUAUUUUCCUUAACCCAUUCGCAGAAGAACAAACACACAAGUCAACAUAUUGUAAUUAGGUGAUUCAUUGUUUUUCUUCGUCUAUUUCCUGAGUGACGGGAUAGUUAAUUGUUUUGCUUUAGUUUUGUUUCAUGUCUGAGCUCCCUUCUUUUGUACCCAUUCUUUUGAGUGAUUUCUAUGAAGUUUUAAUUUUUCCUUUAAUUUAUUUCUCUUUGAAUAUCAGGCUGUGGAGCUGAUGGUCACUAAAGUUCAACAGAUGAACGAUCGAAUGGAAAGAAAAGUCCAGCUUCUGGGUUCUUAUGAAGAUGGCUUGAUGCAUCUAAGGUAAAGAGACAAGAAACAAAAUAAGUAAAUAAAUAAAUAAAUGCACUUUAUUUGAGUGUCAAUGUAUUUAGAACGAAAGUACCAACUGGGGACACUAUUUUUACGUCUCCUACUGGAGACUGGACCGCCACUUUACUUUGUCAUCCGAGCCACCCGACGGUGUAGCCGCUCGCACUGCAAAGGGAGUCCCUUCAUUUCUUAGUCAAUUUAAGACCCUGAGUGUUCGUCCGGUCUCAGGAAUCGAUCCCGCGACGACCGCGACCUCCCGCUCUGCAGCCAAGCACUCUACCGACUGAGCUAAUCCUGCUGCGGUUAUAAAAUGUCUUAUAAAAGAAUGCUUUUAAUUUUACAUCACCUUAGACCGUUCACAGUCCCCUAUUUUUGGUAAGAUCUUAAGGGUCGAGCUCUUACCGGUACGGGCGACUAUCUGGGUCUCAUAUGUACCGAGGGGGCGGGCUUAGGGGUCCCCGCCCUUUAAGUAGAUUUCACGCUGAUCCCAAGGCUGGACUCGGAACAAUUUAAACCAAGAUGGCCGCCUGAUCUCGACGAUUUUACGAAAAAAUAGUUGACUGUUAACAGUCUAACAUCACACAAUUGUUCUGGAACGCUAAAACCAGGCAAAUAUCCUGAAUUAAUCCGUGAUCAAUUCCAUAAUUCUUAUCGCCUAUGUCUUAUAAUGGUCUCGGUUAUAAAAGAAGAAUUUCAAACGAUAAAAACAAAGCUCCUGUUACAGCUUGUCGUCAUGGCCUCGUUCUUCUAUUUUCCUUGAUUUAUAGACUGUUCAUAGACCCCUAUUUUUCAGUAGGGUCGUCGAGAUCGUGUACUUACCCUUGGGGGCAUCCAGCUUGGUUUCAAUUGUAUUGGGUCUGGCCUGGGGAUUUCCUUUGAGUAACAAAUCUACUUAGGAGGCGGGGGAAAGUUUGGGAGGAGACAAGAAAAAUUAGUAUUUUUCUCCCCUACCUCCCACCACCGCUAAAACUCCCGACACCCGACCCUCGGUACAUUCGAAACCAAGAUGGUCGCCAGUAACGGACUCGUAAUGAUAAGUGCUCGGUCUAAUAAAUAGAUGGAAAAAGUGAGGAUUUUUGUGGUCGAAUUACACGAACUAUUUUGUACUUCGUUUCAGAAAUAGUGAGACAGUGGCAGGACAGAAAACGGCUGAAGCUACAGGACUUAAGGUUGGCGUGUUGCUCGGAUAUUGUUAAUUGCAGUUGUGUAGAACGUGUCCCUCUCUUCAAUAUAAGAUGAUGUAACAUCUGUUUGUACCCCAGCCCUUAGCCUUCGUAACUGGCGGGAUUAGCGGGAGUGCUGUAGUUUUUUGCCGGUGGAGCCGCGUGAAGAUUAAGAACUAGCUCGUGAAAAUCCCCAGCGGCUUUACCGUUCGCUUCGCCAAUAAAUUACCCCGGACACAAGCAUCCCGCCAGCAACGCAGGCUACCGCAUCCCUCUCUAAUAACUUUGUAGGAAGAGAAGGCUAAAUAAUGGGAUCGUUACCUAACCUAAAAACUCUUUGUUUACGACUGUUUUCAUUAAGGCUCUUACUGACAUAGGACUUAAGCGUUAAGCUGUGAAGUUAUUGCCAUAAAGUCUGUAAAGGGUCAUAAGGAAGUGGAUUGUAUGAUUCAUUCAUUUCAUUCACAGGGCCCAGUUAUUCGAAGGCCAAUUAGCGCUAAACCAAGGCUAAAUUUUAAUUCGGAUUUCUUUUUCUUUUGAUCAAAAGCAUUUUCCCGAAUAAUUUUAUCUAUUCUUUUGAGAGCAUCCAAUCAUAAAAUUAUAAACGAAAUUUAUAAACUGAAUUUGAUUUUUAAGUUUUCGUAUCUGAAUUCAAAUUUCCUACUUACCCUGGGUUGUCUUAAUCCAGCUUUGAACAUCCCUGCCAGAUUACAUUAAUGCUGUCUUUUUUUUACUGGAAUUUUUCACUCUGAUUUUGUCGUAUUGUACCACAUAGAUGGAUGUUCGAAAUCGCUAG